UAUUAGAACUUCACGUCGUAGCUAUUAGAAUGAAGUCCUCAAGUUACGUCCUGUUGAGAAAACGAUGCUAAAUUCAGUUUUUAAACUUUGAUUUGGCACAAUAGUUAUUUAUAUAUGGGAUUUCAUAGUUUUUAGUAUUUACCUUAAUUAUCGGGGAAAAAAAAAGGUUUUUUUCUUCGCAUAUUCAUUUAACUGAAAAACAAAAGAAGACGAAAUUUUCAAUUUUCGAAAUAUCUCUGGACUGAAAUUAGAAAUCGAAUUUUUGUUUCAAAUUGCAUACAAUAAUAUGGAAAAGAUUUAAAAAUACGACAAGCGUUCGUAAAACGACAACAUCUGAAAUAUUUUGAAAUGAAGAGAAGAAAAAUUCAUUGAAGAAACUCAGAAGUUUUGUGUGAAGUAAAAUUCAAAUUUGAGCUUAAAAAUCUGAAAAAUCUUGAAUCUAUUGACCAAAGAUCCAUCUCAAGUGACAAGUAUUUCCACUAUACCCAAAGUGACUAAUAAUUGUUCAUCUUCCUUUAACUAGAUAUUGAAAAACAUUCACUAAUUUACAUUAUUGGCAGACGAUUAUUUUUCUCUUUGCUUGUUCAUCAUUAUCAACAAAGUUUGUUAACUCUUAAUUCACUUGAAUUCAAGUUCAUCAAACAUCUGUGACAAGGCACGAUUUUUUUCCCUUCAAUAAUCAUGGUGAGAACUUUUCAUCUAUCCUGAACAAGAUUUGUUUCCAAUCAAAAGUGACGAUCUCAUAAGUGACGAUUUUCUUAUUCAACCUCAUGCGAAGAUGACCGAAAAGCAACACGGCUAUCAUUCGGAAAGGGGCAUCCACCCUUUUGGUAUGGACCCUUACUCUGUGGAAAAACUGGGUCGACGAUCUUCCUUUAUGAUUGAAGAUAUCCUGACUCCCAAAUCCAGAUUGGAAGGGCUUUGCCUGCCCGCGGGUUCCGCCCCAUCUUCAAGGGCUGCCGCACUGGCCGCCACCCCAUACUAUCAACUAUAUGGACUCGGGCCUUCAUACCUCUGUCAACAGCCUCAGCAACACUUCUUGGGGAAGCCACUGGACGCCAAUCCCUUGCUACUAUCGGCAGGUCUGCCUUUUCCCGGGGCUCUGUUUCCGUCGGAGGGGGGCAAGCCUUGCCGUCGACGCAAGGCUCGAACCGUCUUCAGCGACCAACAGUUGCAUGGCCUGGAAAAAAGGUUCGAGGCUCAGAGGUACCUGUCCACACCGGAAAGACUGGAACUGGCCACAGCUCUCAGCCUCUCAGAAACACAAGUAAAAACGUGGUUCCAAAACAGGAGAAUGAAACACAAAAAGCAGCUGAGGAAAAUAAACGAAGAUGCCAAACUUGGCGAUUCCCAAUCGUCGGGCAGCACGCGACUACUUGAUGACAUGCGCGGAUUGGUGUCCAGCAGGGAAGACAGCCUACAGGAGCCCGAUGUCGACGUGGUAGGGGAAGAGGACCAAUGAAAACGCUCCUUUCGAUAGUCGUUGGGAAACGAACAUUACAGGCAAAAAAAUGCUGAAACUAUGAAAGCGAAUCAUGUUGAUGGUUUAUCAUUGAGGUGAAUCUGAAAAUAACUCAUUUAGUAAUUGUACAUAAGAACAAUGAAACAAGAGCUGAUGGAUAAAUAAUAGAACAUUUAAAGCUCUUUGUUUCGAAGACUGAAUUAUUAAUCUGCACUUUAAAAAUAGUCCUUCGAUGAUGAAUUGGAAAUGAAUCCAAUUGAAGGAACUGAAAAAUAAUCUUUUCAUUGGAAAAUUUUAAGUAAAAUAAAUGCGAAUCUUAAAAUAGAAAACAUAAU